UACCACUAAUAAAUGACACACCCGUUUCCGGUCCACUUCCUCCCUUGCAUUUUGAUGGCAACAAUUUACUAAGCUUUCUCACCUCAGCGCACCUAUUCACCUGUGCUGUAUUCCCAGGCUAUUUUACUGUGAUAAACAAUGAAGAAAUUUUUCGAGGAUAUGAAGAAAGAUUUAAAAUUCAAGUCAGCUGGGCCAGGAAAGAAACUCACAGAAGACGCUAGCGCCAAGUCCCAAGUGGUGCAGAGCAGUGGCCCUGCCAAGCCAUGUUAUGCUGCUCCUACUGAAGGAGCUCAGAAGGCAGGGGCUGCAGCCUUGGCCAGGAUCGAGGGGCAGCCACGCCCACGGGUACAAACCUCACAGGAUGUCAUCCGGCUCCAGGUGAAAAGAGAGCUUGAGGCAGAAGCUGCAGCAGUAGCUGAGAAGGAAAAGACAACUGCUGUUGAGGGCUCCAAUGUUAAGGAUCUGGCAUUUCUCUCAGUAACAGGUGUGUAUUUCACUUGUCCGCUUACUGGAGCCACCUUAACUAAGAGCGAGAGAGAUGUGCACAUUAAAGCGGCCAUUUUCAUGCGGUUUGAAGAGGAUGCAGUGGAGGCUUCCAUUAUGAUGGUUCAUACCUUCAACAAGGACAGGCAGAAAGUCAAGGCUGCAGUGGACAUCAUAAGCAAGUACAUUGAAAACAUCUGUAAGAACCCGGCAGAGGAGAAGUACAGGAAGAUCAAACUCAGCAACAAGGUGUUCCAGGAAAAGGUGAAGACUGUGGAGGGUAGUCGGGAGUUCUUGGAAGCUAUGGGCUUUCAGAGCAUCAUGCUGGAUGUGGAAGGACAAGAGGAGAGUGAGGAGUUCCUGGUGCUGAUGGAGCAUGAUCCAGAAUCCCUGGAGGUGAUGAAAGAGAGUAGGGACCGGCUGCAGAGGGGAGAACCAGUCAGAGCCCAGUUGGACCGCCAGCCCCAGGCCUUCAGACCCUCCCCCAACGCCAUGCGCUUCGAACUUCCCCCAGAGUUCUACAACCUCACUGCAGAAGAGCUCAAGAGGGAGCAGCAGCAAAAGAACGAGGUGGUGGACAAGAACACUAUGCUGCGUACCAAGGCCAUGCGGGAGAGAGAGGAGCAGAGGGAGAGGAGGAAGUACAAUUAUACCCUGCUGAGAGUACGACUGCCUGAUGGAAACAUACUGCAGGGCACUUUCCUGGCCUGGGACAAGGUGUCUGUGCUCUUCCAGUUUGUGCGGGACUCCCUGGUAGAUGGCUGGCAGCCCUUUGAGCUGGUGGCGCCUGGAGGACACAAACUCCAGGAGGACCAAGAGGUGGCCCUGAAUGAAUGUAGCCUGGUCCCUGCGGUUCUGCUGACGUUUUCCUUGGAUGCCGCAGUUCAAGCGGACAUUGCAGCUGGCGGUGGAAAGAGCUCUGCACUCCUCAAGCCAGAGCUACUGGAGAAUAUUCAGACCCUUAGCUGAGCAGAAGCUGUGUUUGUCCCUGGGUCUCCUACCCCUCCCAGGUUGGAGAUGACACCUUCAUCCCCAAACUACAUUUGAGGCUGUAGAAAUGACUACUAAUCCAUUAAAGGACGGGGGGGGAAGAGACAGACGCCAUUCAGUGUUAUUUGUAUUGUACCCUGAAUGUAGGAUGAGGACUGAAAUGGCUCCCUUACACCUAUGGUUAGGCAAUCAGUCACCUUAACAUGGUAUGAGACUCCAUUCUGCUCUGCUUUUACAACAAAUAUUCAGAUACAGUUCUAGCUUUACAUGUGAGUGGUGGACCACACUGCGUGUCUAGUGGUUAGGAUUCAGUAGCUGUUUUUUGUGAGCCAGACCAGCUGUGGACUACAAUGUAUAAUAGUUAUUGGUUAAGGCAUUUUAUUUCAGAUGGAGCCUGUAAUAUUAGUAGCACUUUAAGGUUGCAGCAGCAAACAUGUCAAAUUAUACCUUCAAAAGUGAAGGUUACUGGACAAAGUUGAUGUUAGAAGCUCCCUUUCAUUGAAUAGGAGGGCAAAAAGGUUGUCAAAGCAUUUACUUGGCUAAUUUCAUUCGAUUUCUCUAAAAUUGUCAGCGGCGGGUUGUUUUGUACUGUAUGUAAUCAACACUGGAGACCAACAAUGAGCUGAGGUUUGUCCCCAAGUCUUGAGCCAGUGCUGCCUGGGAUGACAAUCUACCUCUCCUCACAGCAUCUGUGUAACCUGUGCACUGCACACAGGCAGCCAUAACCCCUCCAAUGUUUAAGUUCAGACAUGAACAGCAACGAUUAGCAAAGCUGGUCUCUGAUCUAAAUGUUUUCCUAGCCUUGUUUAGGAAUCGCCAUAAAGAAGGUAAUGCUCUAAGUAUCAAAGCAUGUGUUUUAUCUUUAGUCAGUAUAUGCACAUAAUAGCAUGUUAACAUUUAAAUAUUGCUUUAUUUAAAGACAGUGAGAUCUGAAAACUGGGACAGGAAAGCAUUCUGAAUGUCUCUGCCGUUUGCCUUUCAUUGGCAAAGUUUUUAAUAAUGGCCGGCCAUUACCUGUUCCACCUCUAAACCAUUAUUAAGAACACAAAAAGCACUGUUUAGCAGCCUGAAACAGCACCUGCCAUAUUGAAACCAUACAGGGAUGAGUGGUGGGAUGUUGAUAAAGGUAUCCAGAUAAGGAAGGGGAACAAGGCAUAUAAAAGUGCAGUACAUUUAAACAAUUCAACCAGGUCAAGUAUUUUUUUUAACAAAUGCAUAUACACACACACUCAUUCCAGAGUUUUUGUUUCAUCGUACUAUGGAAUCAUGUAACCAAAUGAAAAUAUUUAAUAUUCUUCAAAGAAGCCACCCUGUGCCUUGACAGCUUUACACAUGCUUGGCAUUCUCUCAACCAGCUUCAUGAGGUAGUCACCUGGAAUGCAUUUCAAUUAACAGGUGUGUGGAACUUCUUUCCUUAAUGCGUUUGAGCCAAUCAGUUGUGUUAUGACAAGGUAGGGUGGUAUACAGAAGAUAGCCCUAUUUGGUAAAAUACUAAGUCCAUAUUAUGCCAAUAACAGCUCAAAUAAGCAAAGAUAAAUGAUAGUCCAGUCAAUCUGGAAAAUUUCAAGAACUAUUAAAGUUUCUUCAAGUGCAGCUGCAAAAACCAUCAAGCACUAUGAAUAAACUGGCUCUCAUAAAACCACAGGAAGACCCAGAAUUACCUCUGCUGCAGAGGACAAGUUCUUUGGAGUUACCAACCUCAGAAAUGCUUCACACAGUUCAAGUAACAGACACAUCUUAACAUCAACUGUUGAGUUGCUGCAAAGAAAUCACUACUAAAAAACACCAAUAAGAAGACUUGCUUAGGCCAAGAAACACAAGCAGUGGAAAUCUGUCAUUUAGUCUGAUCAGUCCAAAUUUCAGAUCCAACCAACAUCUUUGAGACACAGAGUAGGUGAACGGAUGAUCGCCGCAUGUGUGGUUCCCACCGUGAAGCAUGGAGGAGGUGUGAUGGUACUGACACUGUCUGUGAUUUAUUUAGAAUUCAAGGCACACUUAACCAGCAUGGUUACCACAGCAUUCUGGAGCGAUUCACCAUCCCAUCUGGUUUGCGCUUAGUGGGAAUAUCAUUUGUUAAUCAACAGGACAAUGAUCCAUCACACCGCCAGGCUGUGUAAGGGCUAUUUGACCAAAAAGCAGAGUGAUGGAGUGCUGCAUCAGACGACCUCAUUCCACCCAUCUCAAUUUGGUUGAGUUGAACUGCAGUGUGAAGGAAAAGCAGCUAACAAGUGCUCAGUAUAUGUGAGAACUCCUUCAAGACUGUUGGAAAAGCACUCAUGAAGCUAGUUGAUUAAAUGCCAAAAGUGUGCAAAGCUAUUAUCAAGGCAACGGGUGGCUACUUUGAAGAAUCUCAAAUAACAUUUUGAAUUGGUUUUCUACAUGAUUCCAUGUGAUAUCCAAACUAUAAAAAUAGUAAAAAUAAAGAAAAAUCUUUGAAUGAG